AUGCCCUCUGAACCCAUCACCCGGAACGGUACUACUCAGUCCUGGUUCGAUCAGGCUCGUUUAAUCAAACCCGAUGCAAUUUUUGCAUUGACUGCUCAGUAUCUUGCAGAUAAAUCUCCCACAAAAGCCAACUUGGGCCAGGGUACGUACCGUGUGACGAGCAUGCGAACCCGUGGGUUCUUCCCUCGGUCCGCAAGAGUCGAAUUUGCUAUCGCAGGAGUUGAAUCAUGA